AUGGCCAUCCGCGCACGCUCCAGGGAAGGUCCCUGCUCCGAGGCCGGGCCAGCGCGAAUCUCAGCGAUCUACCCACACCGAGCAACAACGACGCAAGCGCUCCUUUUGCACCGGCCCAGAACACACCGCUGCUGCCCGGCCUUCCUCGGCCAUGGCCGCUCUCCAUCGACUCGCCUGAGCGAAACCUCUGCUCCUCCAGCGUCAAGGAAAAUCCUGCAUUACUUCCACGGCCAGCAGGCUGCUACGCCUGAGGGGCCGUCAACGAGGAGAUCCCAGCCCCGUGGGGGUAGCGAUGCCGGCCGGGCGCUGCGUCAGGCCUCGCAGCGACGCGCACUGCCGGGCCCGCCACCACGCCGAACCAUGAGACGGGAGGACUGCGUCGGCGGCGUCGGCGGCGCCAUUCCCUGGCCCCCCGACGCCGAGCCGCUCGGCCCCGGCUGUUCACCCGACGCCGGUAUGCGCGGCCUCAACUUUGCCAUCCAGAUGGCGGCCGCCGUCCUCGUACUCGGCUUCUUUCUGGCCCGCUCGUAUGCCAAGUGGGCCGUCUCCUCCGCCUGUGCGGGCCGAAAACUGGUUUUGCUUGACAGCAUUUUGCAUCACUAUGGAGAUGGCUACCACGCCUGGGAUCUGGCACCCGAGACGUUCAAGAACUACAAGCUGUGGCUGUACGCCAGCGCGGUCCUCUACUGCCCCGCCGUCUACCUCACAAAGGUCACGCCCCUCCUGCUCAUGGCGCGCGUCUUUGCCGUCAAGGAGCAGAUCGCGCGGGGCAUCUACCUCUUCAUCGUGCUCAUCACGGUGCUCUACACGCCCGUGCAGGCCGUCAAGACGAUACUGUGCGUGCCCAUCCCGGCCUUUUGGGACGGUGGCGUCGAGCCCGACUCCUGCUUCGACUCGCGCAAGGUCUUCAUCACCGACAUCGCCCUGGCCCUCUGCACCGACGCCGUCAUCCUCAUCCUGCCCGUCUUCCUCGCCUGGCCGCUGCACCUGGGCACCUGGAAGAAGGUUAAGAUCGCGCUGCUGCUCGGCGCCGGCGCCGGCGCCAUCGGCACCGACGCCCUGCGAAUAUCGAAAGUCGUCGAGCUGCAGUACGAGACCGACACGUCGGGCCGCUUCACCCUGCUCACAGUGUUGACGUGA